CUACAGUAGUGACGAGGAAGAUGAAGACAUUGAGAUGUGUGACCAUGACUACGAUGGGCUGCUUCCCAAGUCUGGAAAGCGUCACUUGGGGAAAACUAGGUGGACCAGGGAAGAGGAUGAAAAACUGAAGAAGCUGGUAGAACAGAAUGGAACAGAUGACUGGAAAGUUAUUGCCAAUUUUCUCCCGAAUCGAACAGAUGUGCAGUGCCAGCACCGAUGGCAGAAAGUACUAAACCCUGAGCUCAUCAAGGGUCCUUGGACCAAAGAGGAAGAUCAGAGAGUGAUAGAGCUUGUACAGAAAUACGGUCCGAAACGUUGGUCUGUUAUUGCCAAGCACUUAAAGGGGAGAAUUGGAAAACAAUGUAGGGAGAGGUGGCAUAACCACUUGAAUCCAGAAGUUAAGAAAACCUCCUGGACAGAAGAGGAAGACAGAAUUAUUUACCAGGCACACAAGAGACUGGGGAACAGAUGGGCAGAAAUCGCAAAGCUACUGCCUGGACGAACUGAUAAUGCUAUCAAGAACCACUGGAAUUCUACAAUGCGUCGCAAGGUGGAACAGGAAGGUUAUCUGCAGGAGGCUUCUAAAGCCAGCCAGCCACCAGUGGCCACAAGUUUUCAGAAGAACAGCCAUCUGAUGGGUUUUGCUCAUGCGCCACCUUCAGCUCAGCUCCCUCCAACUGGCCAGCCCUCAGUUAACAAUGACUAUUCCUAUUACCACAUUUCUGAAGCACAAAACGUCUCCAGUCAUGUCCCAUAUCCUGUAGCGUUACAUGUAAAUAUCGUCAAUGUCCCUCAGCCAGCUGCUGCAGCCAUUCAGAGACACUAUAAUGAUGAAGACCCUGAGAAAGAAAAGAGAAUAAAGGAGUUAGAGUUGCUCCUAAUGUCUACUGAAAAUGAACUCAAAGGACAGCAGACGCUACCAACCCAGAACCACACAUGCAGCUACCCCGGGUGGCACAGCACCACCAUUGCCGACCACACCAGACCUCAUGGAGACAGUGCACCUGUUUCCUGUUUGGAAGAGCACCACUCCACUCCAUCUCUGCCUGUGGAUCCUGGCUCCCUACCUGAAGAAAGCGCCUCUCCAGCAAGGUGCAUGAUCGUCCACCAAGGCACCAUUCUGGACAAUGUCAAGAACCUCUUAGAAUUUGCAGAAACACUUCAAUUUAUAGAUUCUGAUUCUUCAUCAUGGUGUGAUCUCAGCAGUUUUGAAUUCUUUGAAGAAGCAGAUUUUUCACCUAGCCACCACCACGCAGGCAAAGCCCUCCAGCUUCAGCAAAGAGAGGGCAAGGUGAAUAGACCUGCAGGAGAGCCUAACACGAGGGUGAACAGACGCAAGUUGAGUGAGGGUCCACAUGACCCGCUCAAGCCCUUCCCUCCUGCGAGGCCCAGCGCAAUGCCACGGGUCAGCCUGCGAAAAAAGUGGGGCCAGGCCAGCCCCUUAGCCUCUGGACAAUCUAGUUCCUUGCUAUUUGCUGACGUCAGCAGUUCAACUCCCAAGUGCUCCCCUGUCAAAAGCCUACCCUUCUCCCCCUCGCAGUUCUUAAACACUUCCAACAGCCAUGAAAACUUAGACUUGGAAAUGCCUUCUUUAACUUCCACCCCUCUUAAUGGUCACAAAUUGACUGUUACAACACCGUUUCAUAGAGACCAGACUGUGAAAACGCAAAAGGAAAAUACUAUUUUUAGAACUCCAGCCAUCAAAAGGUCAAUCCUAGAAAGCUCUCCAAGAACUCCUACACCGUUCAAACAUGCACUCACAGCUCAAGAAAUUAAAUAUGGUCCCCUGAAGAUGCUACCUCAGACACCAUCUCAUCUAGUAGAAGACCUACAGGAUGUGAUCAAACAGGAAACUGAUGAAUCUGGAAUUGUUGCUGAGUUUCAAGAAAACGGGCCACCUUUACUGAAGAAGAUCAAACAAGAGGUGGAAUCUCCAACUGAUAAGGCAGGAAACUUCUUCUGCUCAAACCACUGGGAAGGGGAGAGUCUGAACACUCAGCUGUUCACACAGGCAUCUCCUGUGGCAGACGUGCCACCUUGUAGCGGAGCCUGGGAAGCUGCAUCCUGUGGAAAGACAGACGAUCAGAUGACGGCUUCCGGCCAGGCUCGGAAGUACGGGAACGCCUUCUCAGCCCGGACUCUGGUGAUGUGAGGCGUUCCCAGACAAGCAUUAUGGUUUUCAGAACACUUCACGUUGACUUGGGAUAUAUCGUUCCUCUACAUGAAACUUUUCAUGAGUGGGAGAAGAGCCUAUUUUUGUUGUGGUACAACAGUUGAGAGCAGCACCAAGUGCGUUUUAGGCGGAUGAAAUCAUCUCCGAUUUCACUCAACUAAAAGGAUUUUUUUAAAUAAAUAAAUAACAGUCUUACCUAAAUUAUUAGGUAACGAGUUGUAGUCAGUUGUUAAUAUCUUGAUGCAGAUUGUUUUUAAACAUAAAAUGAUUUAUCUGUAUUUUAGAAGAUCCAACAGACCAGUAUUUUUUCCUGUGAUGAAGUUUUUGAAAUUUUACACACACAAAAAAGGUACUCCAACAUUUCACUUUUCUCAACCACUAAACACAAUGCAUUACUAUAAAUGUUGGCUUAAUACCAUAGAAUAAUAAAUCAAUAUUGUAAAUGUUCAUUUAUGGCUAAUAACAUUGGAGGUACAUUUAUUGUACUUAACCAUUUUAUGAGGGUUUUUUUGUUAGCUUGCUUUAAAAAUUAUUACUGUAUGAAAUAGUUUUAUAAAAAAAUUAUAUUUUUAUUCAGUAAUUUAAUUUUGUAAAUGCCAAAUGAAAAAAAAAAUGUGUUUUGCUGCUAUGGUCUUAGCCUGUAGACAUGCUGCUAGUACCAGAGGGGCAGUAGAGCUUGGGACGGAACGACAAGAAACUUGGUGUUAGGUAAUUGACUAUGCACUAGUAUUUCAAACUUUUUUAUUUUUUAUAUAUAUAUAUACUUUUUUUUCCUUUUGUAAUACAUUGGAAAACUUAUUUGGGAGAUUUUUUUUGCAUUCGUUGUUGUUCUUUGUUUUAUUUUUUGUAAUUGUUGGUUUAUAAGAGCAUGCAUUGCACUUCUUUUAUUUUGGGAGAUCUGUGUUGUCGAUGUCCUAUGUUUUGUUUUGAGUUCAGCCUGACUGUUCUUUAAUUCAGGGGUUAUGUGUUUAAUCAGCAUUCCUUGUGGUCUCUAAGUGUAUGGUCUUAGAACUGCCACACAGAACCUGUGUUUGCAGCUGGGGUCGAGAGACGGGAGUCCAUAGCCAGUUGCUGCCUUAAGAACUUUUGGUGCAAGAUGGCCGGCACUGAACUUUUGAUAUGACAGUGUACUUACUGCCUUGUAGUGAAAUAAAGCUGUGCCCU